UCGGGGAAGAUGGCCGCGCUGACGGCGGAGGUCUUUGCAGCUCUCCAGAGCCUGCUGAAGGCCUCCUCGAAAGAUGUUGUCAGACAGCUGUGCCAAGAGAGCUUUUCCAGUUCAGCCCUUGGCUCGAAAAAGCUCUUGGAUGUUACGUGUUCCAGCUUGUCUGUGACCCAGGAGGAGGCAGAACAAGGCUCCCCGUCUGUCCUGCAGCUGCUCCAGGCUCUGCACCGCCUCACCAGGCUAGUGGUGUUCCGUGACCUGUCCUCCGCCGAGGCGAUUCUGGCACUCUUUCCUGAAAAUUUCCACCAAAACCUCAAAAACCUGCUGACAAAAAUCAUCCUAGAACACGUAUCUACUUGGAGAGCUGAAGCCCAAACAAAUCAGAUCUCUCUGCCGCGCCUGGUCGACCUGGACUGGAGGGUGGACAUCAAAACCUCCUCAGACAGCAUCAGCCGCAUGGCCGUCCCUACCUGCCUGCUCCAGAUGAAGAUCCAGGAAGAUCCCAGUCUGUGUGGGGAGCAGCCCUCUGUGUCAGCUGUCACUGUGGAGCUGAGUAAGGAGACCCUGGACACGAUGUUAGACGGGCUGGGCCGUAUCCGGGACCAGCUCUCCGCUGUGGCCAGCAAGUGACGCGGCCAGCCGGCCCCCAGCACACGCCAUCCUCGCAGCAGGCAGCGGUGGGGACAUGGGGGCUGCUAUCCAGAAGGCGCGGUUGGACCAGGCAGAAGCAGCCAGGCCCCCGCGCUGCUUUUUCCUCUUUCCAAAGAUGGAGCAGAAGCUGCUGAUCUCGCGAGGCUCCUGUGUGGGACUUAAUGACCCCAUGGCAGCAGGAGGGAGCGUUUGCUUGGUCAGCCGCCUCCGUCUGGCUGAUUGGAAAAUUCAGGCCCAAAUUGUGGUGCUCGUCUUAAUAAGUUCCUUUCGCUCUGAUGAGCUCAUUUCCAGCUCUGGAAUGCACGCAGGGAGUCAGGUGGGUGACACCAGCAGUUCUGCUUCUCUGUCAGAGAAGCCAGGCGGAUCCCACAGGGCAGGGCCCCCUCUGCAUGCCUGCCUGCCCUGAGCCCAGAGCCUGCCCGAGCUCCCUCAGCCCUGCUGGACCACCUGGCAGCGAAGGAAGUCUGAAAUGGGAACUCAUUUCCUUCUCAUUGGAGCCAGAGGCCCCUUGAUGUAAUGCAGCCACUCAGGGUGAAGAAGUAGGAGUGAUUGGAAAUAAAUAACAGUUCUAAAAA